AUGGAUAGUGAUUUUAUAUCUUUUGUUGAUAUCGAGACUUCAAGUGAUGGAACCAUGCCAACUUCCGAUCACCUCAAACAUCGUUUCAGCCCUACACUAGAUCCACGUCUAAAUCUCUAUGAUGAUCUCCAACAAAGCAUGCCACAUGUUAGAUCUCUCGAUAUUGAUCCAGCCGAUCCACCUGAUCCAACGCCAAACUCUCCACCAAGCUUACAUUGUUCAGAAACUACAAGUGUCACCAAUCUUCCAUCAACCUCUAUGGGAACACAAACCAUAGUAACAAGAGCUAUGGCUAGAUCAACGUCUCUGGGAAACCGAACGAUGAUAACUAGAGCUAUGGCGGGCAUUCACAGACCUAAUCCUAAGUAUGCCAACAUUCAUACCAUUUAUUCCAGUAUUCCCAAAGAGCCCAAAGGAGCAGCUCAUUCUAGCUUAAUCAGCAUUUUAUCUCCAAGCUUGAAGUCGAAUUUCCGCAGCUUCAUCUAUGAAGAUGGCUUUGAUGAAGUCAAUCUGACCCUAACGGAUGAAGCCACUAUCACUUCGUCUGGUGCUCUGCGCCUCACUGAUGGUCACCCCGCAUUGUGGGGUAUGGGCCAUGCAUUUUACCAUGUUCCUCUGCAAUUCAAGCAUCCCCCAACUUCUGCCAACACAACUUCAUCUUUUAACACUCAAUUUGUCUUUGCCAUCGUCUCCGAAAUCAAAUUCUAUGGUGGCAAUGGCUUAGCGUUUGCUGUCACACCUUCCAUGCUCUCCAACACCACCGGUGGCGACUACCUGGGCCUCGUGAAGAACUCCACCAAUGGCGACUUCUCCAACCAUGUAUUUGCAGUAGAAUUCGACACAUCUUUGGGGACAUGGUUAAAGGACAUCAAUGGCAACCAUGUUGGUGUUGACAUCAAUGGCGUCAUCUCCAAUACUUCCCAAACUGCUGCUUACUCCACAGACGGUGCCAAGAACGAAUCAAUUGAUCUGAAGUCAGGGAGCCUCAUCAAGGCAUGGAUCGACUACGAUGGAAGUGAAAAGCUUAUCAACGUAACCAUCGCUCCUGUGCCCUAUUCCUCCAAGCCAGUUAGGCCUCUCAUAUCAUAUUCCGUUGAUUUAUUUCCUAUUCUUCUUGAUCUGAUGUACGUUGGUUUCACUUUCGGCACAUCAAGAUUCGUCAGCGAGCACUAUAUCUUAGCUUGGAGCUUCGCCAUCAAUGGUAAAGCACAGGAACUGGAUCUCUCCAAUCUCCCACGGAUCAGGAAGAAGACGACAACAUCUACUAGGAUUUCAGUUUAUUCCAUCGCCUUUACGCUGUUUGUAUAUAGGAAGAAGAAGCUGACCUCUGAGAGAGUUGAAGAUUGGGAACGGGACGACCCACAUAGGCUGUCUUACAGAGAGAUUUUCAAGGCCACAAAGGGGUUCAACGAGAAGGAAAUUUUAGGCAGGGGAGGAUUCGGCAGCGUUUACAAGGGUGUGCUGCCGAGCAAUGGGACGGAAGUUGCAGUCAAGAAAGUCUCCCAUGACAGAGGUCAGGGACUAAGAGAGUUUGUCUCAGAAGUGUCCAGUCUGGGGAGGUUGAGGCACAGGAACUUGGUUCAGUUGCAGGGUUGGUGCAGAAGAAAGGGCGACCUGCUCCUCGUGUAUGAUUUCAUGCCCAAUGGAAGCCUCGACACUUUCCUGUUCGGAACGAAGAAGAGGAACCUCAACUGGGAAGAAAGGUUCAGGAUCAUAAAGGGAAUCGCUUCAGGCCUUCUGUAUCUGCAUGAAGGGUGGGAGGAGGUUGUUGUUUACAGAGAUGUGAAGGCCAGCAAUGUGUUGCUAGAUGCUCAACUGAAUGGAAAAUUAGGGGACUUUGGGCUCGCUAGGCUCUAUGAUCAUGGGACUAAUCCACAAACAACAAAUGUCGUGGGCACACUGGGCUACAUGGCGCCGGAGCUUCCGAUCACCGGCAGGGCAACGACUAGUUCCGACGUCUUCAGCUUCGAAGUGUUCCUCCUAGAGAUGGCCUAUGGAAGGAGGCCGGUUGAACCCACGAGGCCAAGUGAUGAAGCUGUUUUCUUGACUUGGGUGAACAUUUGCCGGAAGAAGGAAAACUUAUUGUGCGUCAUGGACGAGUGGCUGGGAAUGGAGUUUGACAAGGCAGAAGCAGAGCUGGUACUGAACCUUGGAGUCCUGUGCUCUCAGAUGUCACCGGAAGCUCGGCCAAGAAUGCGGCAGGUGGUGCAGUUCCUCAAUGGAUCUGAAGUACCAUUGCUGGAAAAUCUGCAGGAAGUAGUCAUUCAAAAUGAACCCUGCUAUGACCAACUUGUCAUACCUUGUCCUUCUUGGAAAAGUUCACCACUGGAGUCUGGAUCUGAUGCCUCGAGGGACUUGCCACCCAUGACGUGA